AAAGAAAGAAGUACUUGGAAUGAGAAUGAUGGAAAUGCAAGGUCUGGCACAUAGCACAUGGUGGUGGCUAGAAAACAAAGAAAGCAAUAAAUGGAAGGGGAGAAGAGUGUGACAAAUAAAUUGAAGGUUAGCGAAUGAAUGGCAGUGGUGAUAAUGCGGUGGGAAACACAGGUUCAAAGUGGAAAGAAAAAAGAAUUGGAAAGGGGUGAGGUAGGGGUCAUCAUCAACCUGACCCCGUUUGUCUCCUCACAAGUAUAUCUUCGCACGUUACCAACGUAGAUGCUAAUGUCAGUCCCUGUGUUUCCAGACACAAAAAAAAAAAUAAAAAUACCAUCUUUCAUCUCCAUUUCCUCUUCUUUCACUGCACCAUCCAACACUUGAGCUCCGAUUCCUCUCUCUUCCUCACUCUUCUCUCUCACUAAAAUCCCCUUCAUGCCUCACCCUUUUUCCUUUCUUUUCUUUCAUCUAUUGUGGUUUGGAGUUGGUUUCUUUUUAUUUGUUCUUCUUUUCUCCAGCUGCGUAAAUGGUGAUGAUGAUUCAAAAUGUAGGUAGCGUAGGGAAUUAGUUUAAGCUAUGAAAAACAAGUUUCUCCAAACUGGGUAUUCCUCACUAUUUCUAAAAACAAAAACUUUGGACUAGCUUUUGGAAUCUGCAUUGGGUUCCCAUAAGGGUUAAGCGGGAAGCAUGAAGAACUUGUACUGGUUUAAAGAAAUUUCUAACAACGUGAGAUCAGGGAGAAGGCUUUCACUUGGGGAGUAUAAGCGAGCGGUGUCAUGGUCCAAGUAUUUGAUCUCUUCGGGGGCAGCCAUAAAGGGAGAGGCUGAAGAAGAAUGGAGUGCUGAUCUGUCUCAGUUGUUCAUUGGGUCCAAGUUUGCUUCUGGGAGGCAUAGCAGGAUCUACAGAGGCAUCUACAAGCACAUGGACGUUGCAAUUAAGCUGGUGAGUCAACCGGAGGAGGAUGAGGACUUAGCCGUUUCGCUAGAGCAGCAAUUCACUUCUGAGGUUAAUUUGCUCUUUCGAUUGCGCCAUCCAAAUAUCAUCACCUUUGUUGCAGCUUGCAAGAAACCUCCUGUGUUCUGCAUUAUUACUGAAUAUUUGGGCGGGGGUUCGUUGAGAAAAUACUUGAUUCAGGAAGGACCACAUUCGGUUCCUCACAACGUUGUUCUGAAAUUAGCCUUAGACAUUGCUCGGGGAAUGCAAUAUCUUCAUUCUCAGGGAAUACUUCACAGGGAUCUGAAAUCAGAAAACCUGCUGUUGGGGGAAGAUUUGUGCGCAAAAGUAGCAGAUUUUGGGAUCUCAUGCUUGGAAUCUCAGACUGGUAGUGCAAAAGGAUUCACUGGAACAUACCGUUGGAUGGCACCUGAAAUGAUCAGAGAAAAGCGUCACACCAAAAAAGUAGAUGUCUAUAGUUUCGCCAUAGUUCUAUGGGAACUCCUAACAGGAUUGACCCCAUUUGACAACAUGACACCAGAGCAGGCAGCAUAUGCAGCCACUCACAAGAAUGAAAGGCCUCCGUUACCAUGUGAGUGUCCACGGGCAUUUAGUCAUCUGAUAAACAGAUGCUGGUCAAGCAAUCCAGAUAAAAGACCACAUUUUGAUGAGAUAGUUGCGAUUUUGGAGAGCUAUAGUGAAGCACUUGAGGAGGAUCCACAGUUUUUAACCACUUACAAACCACGUCCUAAUAAUCUUAUUCUCAGAUGCUUACCCAAAUGUAAUACUACUGCCAAUCUAUCUGCUUCUACCAAACCUUAACAUUAUAUUUCCAAUAAUGUCACAUCAAUUGUAUUAAAUCCCACGAACCAAAAAUAUGUUAUAUGUUUAAUUUAUAACUAUAAUCCUCUUCCUUAUUCUUAAACAACUAUCUAGCACUGUGUUAAAAUUUUAGUGAUUAUUUUACUAUGAAAGCAGCGACAAAUUUAAUGUAAAUUCUCUAUUUCCCCUUCAAACUUCUAUGAAUUUACUCUUU